UGUGCGGUUGGUGUGGGGGGAGAGGCUGAGCCGAGGGGGUGGGCGUGUUGCAAGGCGCUGGCGCGCUGGGGUCGCUGGAGAGCGCCAGCCCGCGCUGGAGCGGCUGGACGGAGCCACAACCUGGUGGCGGCGCUGGAGGGCGGCGCGCUGGCGGGCCUGCGGCGCCUGCGCGAGUUGCGCCUGGCGCACAACCACCUCACGCGCCUCAACAGCGACGUCUUCCAAGGCGGGGAGACCCUGGAGCACGUGGACCUGGCGCAGAACUCGCUGGCGGAGGUGCCGAGCGUGGCGCUGCGCUCGCUGACCGGGCUGCGCCGCCUCAACCUCUCCGCCAACAGCAUCAAGACCCUGGAAGGAUCUGAAUUCCCCACCACUCUAACGCAAUUGGACCUGAGCCGCAAUGGCCUGGGGAUGGUGCCUGGGGGAGUUUUCUCUGGCCUACGGAAUCUCCGCUUGCUUGACCUGGGAGUCAAUGCCAUUCGAACGGUGUUGUCGCUGCGCGACAACAACGUGCUGCUGGUGCCGGCGGGCGCGCUGGCGCCGCUGCCGCGCCUCGCGCUGCUCGACCUGGACUUCAACCGCGUGAGCGCGCUCUCGGCCGACAUCCUGCGCGCGCUGGCGCCGCGCGCCGCCGCGCUCUCCCUGGCGCGCAACGUGAACCGGCUGGCAGCGCUGACGGGCGCGCCGCUGCAGCUGGCCGAGCUGCGCCUGCUCGACCUCAGCCGCAACCAGCUGGGCGAGGUGGCGCGCGCGGCCUUCUCGCAGCUGCCGCAGCUGCAGCACCUCAACCUCAGCCGCAACCCGCUGCAGCUGCUGCCCAGCACGGCGCUGCACCCGCUGCGCCAGCUCGUCUCGCUCGACCUCAGCCGCACGGGGCUGAAGCUGCUGCCGCCCGAGCUGCUGCAGCACAACCAGGAGCUGCAGGAGGUCUACCUCUCGCACAACGUGGUGCAGGAGAUCCCGGAAGGCGCGUUCGGCGACCUGCAGAACCUGACGGUGAUCGACCUGUCGCACAACCACAUCGCCAACAUCCGCCCGGGCGCGUUCACGGGGCUGGCCAGCAUCCGGCGCGUGUCGCUGCGCGGCAACCGCCUCAGCGCCUUCAAGGGCGAGCUGUUCCGCGCGGCGCCGGGCGGCGCCACCUCGCUCGAGGAGCUCGACCUGUCGGACAACGAGCUGAGCUACCUGUUCCCGUCGUCGUUCCGCACGCACCCGCAGCUGCGCCGCCUGCACGUCGCCAACAACCGCUUCUCCUUCUUCCCGGCCGAGCUGAUCGUGGGCCUGCGCGCGCUCGAGGAGCUCGACCUGAGCGGCAACGCGCUCAAGAGCGUCGAGGAGCUCGACUUCGCGCGCCUGCCCAAGCUGCGCGUGUUGCGGCUGGCGCGCAACAGCAUCGAGGCCGUCAGCGAGUCCGCCUUCCACAACUCCUCGCAGCUGCAGGUGCUGGACCUGAGCGACAACCGGCUGGAGCGCGUGGGCGAGCGCACCUUCGAGGGCCUGGUGCGCCUCGAGCUGCUCGACCUGAGCGCCAACCACCUGGCGGAGCUGCCCGACGCGCUGUUCGAGCGCUCGCGCCUGCAGAUGCUCGAGAACAUCAACCUCGCCCGGAACAAGUUCGAGGUGGCGCCACUGAAAGCUCUCCAGAGGCAAUACUUCUUCCUGUCGUCCGUCGACCUGUCGCACAACCUGCUGCACGAGAUCCCGCCCGAAGACUCCAUCAUGGUGAACAUAAAGCGGCUGGACCUGUCGUUCAACCCGCUGUCGGAGGCCGCCAUCGCAAACGUCCUUGGGGAGCCCAAGACGGUGCGCGAGCUCAACCUGGCCGGCACCGGCAUAGAGCGCCGGACGACGCUGCUGGAGGAGCUGGACGUGUCGUACAACCGGCUGGGCGACGUGUCGGGCGCGGGGCUGGCGGCGGCGUGGCCGCGCCUGGCGCACCUGCAGCGCCUCGACCUGUCGGGCAACCCGCUGGGCGCGCUGGCGGCCGGCGACCUGGACGGGCUGGGCGCGCUGCGCUCGCUGCGCCUCGCCCACCUGCCCGAGGUGAUGCGCGUCGAGAAGAACGCCUUCCGGCCCCUGGCGCAGCUCGCGGAGCUCUCCGCCUACGACUUCCCGCGCCUCGGCUACCUCGACGUGCCCGGCAUCCUGCAGAGCCUGCCCGUGCUCGAGGUGCUGGACAUCGAGCUGAAGGACCCGGCCGUGAGCAGCGAGCAGCUGGCGCCAGCGUUGCACGCGCGCCUCCGCGAGCUGAGCGUGCGCGGGCCGCGCGUGCGCAGCAUCUCGUCGGGGGCGCUGGCCGGGCUGCGCGCGCCGUCGCUGUGCGUGGCGCUGCGCAACACGUCGGUGUCGUCGCUGCCCGCCGCGCUCUUCUUCCCGGUGCCGCGCUCCACCGAGGUGCGGCUGGACGUGACCGGGUCGCGCCUCACCACGCUGGCGGCGCCGCUGCUGGCCGCGCUGGACGAGCGCCGGGGCGACCUGGCGCUCGUCGGCCUCGACUCCAACCCCAUCCUGUGCGACUGCAACGCGCGCGCGCUGCGCCGCUGGCUGCCCGCCGCGGCGGCAUGGCGCGCUGGCGCUGCGCCGCGCCCCGCGCCUCGCCGGCCGCGCGCUCCGUCGAGCCCCCGCCGCGCCACCCGGCGCACGCCCGCGUACACGCGCGCGCCCCCCCCGCACCAAGGCACACCGGCCAGACAUCAUGUGGUCCGUGCCGCCCUAACAACAAGGGACCAGGCGGCGGCGUCUGGCCGGCGCCGGGGCGGCGCCGCGGGCAAGAACGGCGGCCCGGCCACCGGCGCCAGCGGCCUCAACAACGACGACACCCUCAUCAUCGGCAUCGUGGGGGGCGUGGUCGCCUUCAUCGCCAUCCUCAUCAUCGUCAUCUGCAUCAUUCGCCUGCGCAUCACCAACGGGCCGUACCGCGGCCCCGUCGCCGCCCCGCCCUCCAUGAUCGCGGCCAGCACGGCGAGCUGCACGUGUGUGAAGCCGCCCGGAGGGCCGCCGCUCUACAUGGCCCCCUACGCUCCUGGAUACGCGGCCACCUUGCCGCCCAAAUUUAUAAAAGCUUAUAAAAUAUUAUCAAAUUCAUCGGAAUAUUUGUCACCAACAGUUUCGACGCCUGUCUUGUUUCUUCCGAUUCUUCCAGAGAGUGGUUAA